CAGACUGCAGCGCGCACCCUCAGUCUGGGGUGAUGAUGACAGCUGUCCCAGGCAGAUUUCUGCGGAUGGCACGAGCUCUAGGCGGUUUAUAGGCACAGCUUUAGGGGUCAUGGCCAGGUGUAUACCUCAGCACUGACACUCUGCCCCACCAUCACCACCCGGUUCAACCUUGGCAACUGUACUUCGGCCGUCACUUUCUACUUCGUUGCGCAAACUCGCCUGGGCCUAGUUUGUUUUUUUUCAAGCAUUCGCUUAUUUUGUUUAAUUUGAAAUCAAAGUUGGGUCAAGAGUUUAAAAAAAAUAAUAACGUUAAGGUUCGGAUUCUCUUCAACCGUAAAAGAUGGCGGAUAUUAAAACCAUUCAUGAAAGAAGAUUUGAAGCCGCUGUCAGCGUAAUUCAGAGUUUGCCGAAAAACGGUUCAUUUCAGCCAUCAAAUGAGCUUAUGCUGAAGUUCUACAGUUACUACAAGCAAGCAACCUUGGGCCCCUGCAACACAACCAGACCUGGCUUCUGGGACCUUAUUGGCAAAUACAAAUGGGAUGCUUGGAAUUCCCUGGGAGACAUGUCAAAAGAAGAAGCUAUGAUUGCCUAUGUUGAGGAAAUGAAAAAGAUCGUUGAAUCCAUGCCAAUGACUGAGGAGGUGGAGGAGCUACUUCGUGUUCUUGGACCAUUCUAUGAACUUGUUGAUGACAAAAAACAACCAAUAUCGCCCUAUGCAAUUUCAUCAGGCCGAUUGGAGAAAGUGAUUAAAUCACUUGAAGAUCUUGGUGAAGUUUUCAGCUCACCCAAGAACUGUAAGAAAAUGAAUGGAAAGGUUGAAGGCAAUGAUAGCGGUGCAGAAUCUGAACAGGAAGAUGACGAUGAUGCUGAUGAUGAUGAUAUAACAGAUGCUGAUGAUAAUACAGAAGAAAAAGUAUUGAAACUGAAGGGCAUAACCCAGAAACCUGCAGAUGUGAAAUUAGAAGAUCUGAAACCAAGACUCUUACUCUCCCAAGAUAUUGCUCGGGAGAUAGAAAGUCCUUGUGCUGUCAGUGAUACUGAAGAUCCUAAAUCAGUAGUGAAUGCAGAGGAUCUGGAGGAGGAAAAGAAAGCAAAAGUUCAAGCCAUACAGCAACUAGAUAUCAACGGUGAAAUUGAUGGAAUGGAAAGCCAGGUUGGUGAGUUUCCAGGAAUUCAGCACAUCAUAAGCGAUUCAGACAGUGAAAUAUAUUGUGAUUCAAUGGAACAGCUGGGAGUUGAAGAGAUUUUAGGAGCUGGCAGCCCAGGGAGAGAGAAUUUUAACAGUUCUGUGAUGGUCUCGGAAUUUGAUCACAGGCAGCUAUUCACAAGUAGUUCAAGAACAGAGUUGGAACAUUCCCUAAAAUACCUUGGGAAAUCUGGAACAAUGAAAGAACAGGUUUUGGGAGGAGAAGGUGGUGUUACUCAUGGUGGUGAAGAUACAAAGCCAGGUGGAAGUGGCUGUCACAAAGAGAAGAUAACUAGCAAAAGAACAGAGUUUCAUGGACCCAGGAGGGGGCGAGGUAAUAGGAUGCAGCAAUCGGGGAAUGGUUUUCAGGUCACACAGUUGGGUAAUAGUGGUGAUGGGGAACGAAGAGGCUCAGAGAGGCUGCAAAAAGCCAGUGUGAAUGAACAGAUUGCAGUAGCGCUACUCAGACUCCAGGAAGACAUGCAGAGUGUGUUGGAACGCCUUCAUAUGUUGGAGGUGAAGUCUGAAGAAGCCCAUUCAAAGCUUAAACAUACUGCAGGUGAUAAGACAUCAUCUUGGCCUUUUGAUGUAUCUGGCCGAACUAUUGCAUUUGCAAUCCUUUGGCCUGUUAUCCUCCAGCUGUUUGUGCAUAUGUAUUUUCAAAGGAGGAAGAGAAAACCGAACUAAGCAUCCACCUGGGAUUACAAAGGCGCUCAUAAGUCUACAAACUUAGAAAAUUGGAGAGUAUGAAAGGCCUGAUAUGAUCAUUUGUUCAUUUGGUGGUGUUUUACCUUAACAUAGUCCAAUGAUGUGCAUUUUGCUUUAAAAUCGUCCUGCACACUAUACAUAACUAAAUACUACAAUGUAACUGAUACUUGAACCAAACAUCAUUAAUUAAUUCUGGAUUAAUGUAAUAAUCAUCUUUUAAAUUAUAGUGUCCUGAUUAGUUUUUAUUUUAAAUUUAUGGAACAAACACUGCACUGUCAUUUUAUUAGUAAAUGCUGUAUCUGACUGAAUGUACGUCGCUUUAGUUGCUUGUGAUUUAGCUAAAAUUGAUUUUGGAAGGAAACUGGGGAAAAUCUGAAUGUUAAAAAUAUUUUAAGUGCUUAAUUUCUAGUGUUUUAGCUAGAAACCAUUCAAUUAAAAAGCUGCAUCUUACUGUACUUUGUACAAUGCUAGCAAGGCAUUUGUUCAGCAAGACUUGUGAACAGGAGUGAAUUCUGAUGCCCUGACCAACAUUCCCGUUCAGCCAGCAUUAAUAAAAUAGGUUUUCUCGAUAUCUGUGCAGUUGCUUUUUGUGAAAUCUUGCUCUGUACAUUAGUUGUUGAGUUCGUCAGCAAAUAGUGACUGCAUUUUAAAAAAUGUUUUAGAAGCAAUUUGGUAAUACUUUGCUAUUAUAUGGUCAGUGACUCAAAAGAUCCAAUAUUGGUUUCAUGUGCACAUUGCAACUACUGAACAACUAAUAUCAACCCCUGGAUUUUCAUAAUGGAACAGAGUGCUUUUGACCCAUUGAUCCAUUCCUCUGGAAUGGCCAGUAGAUGGAGCUCUUCUUUUACAUAGUUUAUUGUUCAGCGAAAAGCCACGUAUGGUGGACAUAGCACUUGCUUUAUCUCCAGCACUUUUCAAAUAACUGGUAAAGUUGAGAUUGUAUAACCUGAUACUAAUGUGCUGAGACUCAUCCAUUAGAUACAGCUUUUACAUGUCAUUUCUCUGCAUGUAACUUUAUUUAUAUAUAAUUAUCAACUGUGAAAUCUACUCAUAUCAAUGAUGUUAAUAGUUGUACAAAUUAGACUUUUUUUGAAAGUGCAAUAUUUUUCCAAUUACAUUGUAAUAAAAUUGCAAAUUGAAGAAAAUAUGUGUCAAGGUGAUCUAAUAACAAUUUAAUAUUGUAUUUUAAUUUAAAAUACAAUGUGAUCCUGUUUAUCAAAGCACAUCAUUAUUAUAACGAGUUUUAUGAAUGGAGUUCUGGUAAAAUCCAGGGCACCUGUUCAAGAAAAAUAUUGUAAGCAUGAAAAUAAUUCACAGAAUAUAGCUUUAAGCAUGAUAGACAAUAAUAUAUUUUUAUCAUAUG